AUGGCAGCCGAUAUCCCCUCGUUCACGCUCAACACGGGCGCCAAGAUUCCCUCGGUCGGCAUGGGUUGCUGGCAAGGUCAACCCGGUGCGGGCAAGGACAACGAGCUCGUCGACGCUCUUGUCAAGGCCAUCAAUGUGGGCUACCGUCACCUUGAUACCGCGACUGGAUAUGCAAACGAGCGCGAAGUUGGCGAAGCGAUCCGCAAAUCCGGCGUUCCGCGCUCCGACAUCUUCCUCACCACCAAGCUGCGACCCGGCGGAGUGAACGACCCUGUCAAAGAAUUUGAGGAAUCGUUCAACAAGCUCGAUGUCGAGUACAUCGACCUGUGGCUUCUGCACUGGCCUCAGGGCUUCACCUCGAGCGAGGGCAACUUUGGCGGUGGCGACGUGUGCGGCUUGGAGCACCAAAAGCACCUUGGUCCCACCUUCAACGAGACGUGGGCCAAGAUGGAGGACAUCUUCCUCAACUCGCACAAGGGCAAAGUCAAGGCGAUUGGCGUGAGCAACUUCAGUAUCAAGAACCUGGAGAUUCUGCUCCAGACGGCCAAGGUCGUUCCUGCGGUCAACCAGAUCGAGCAGUCGCCUUUGCUGCCGGAACACAAGCUCAACGAGUACUGCAAGCAGAAGGGCAUUCAUAUCACGGCCUACAGCCCGCUGGGCCAGAUGAGCUCGGCAGUGCACGACGACGAGACGCUCAACGAGAUCGCCAAGAAGCACGAUGUUACCGCUGCUACCGUGGCGCUCAGCUGGGCUGUGCAGAAGGGCACCUCGGUCGCCCCCAAGUCGACCAACGAGAAGCGCAUGAAGCAGAACAUCACGCUCAUCAAGCUCAGCGACGAGGAGAUGAAGCAGGUGGACCACAUCUCGGAUGACCCUAAGAAGCACACCAGGCUCAACUACCUUGUGUUCGACAAGGACACCCACAAAAUCCUCGGUUGGACCAUGGAGGAGAUGGGCUGGGAUGUUGGAUUCCUUCAGGAGCCUGGAAAGUCGACGAAGAAGGUGGGCGAGUAG